AUGUAUUACUUAUUAAUAAUUCUUGGAUUCCACAUUUUUCGAUUAAACUCAAAAGCAAUUAAUUGUGAAGUUUUGUAAGUAUAACCUAAAAUAACUUGUCAUCAAUAUAUAAAAGAUUGUUUUGUAUUGGAAGGGAAUGAGGAGGAUUAUUAUAAAUUAAAAAGUGUUGAUAAAGAAAUUGUAUAAAAAUCAUUUACUAUUCCCUAUAAAGAUAUACCUAUCUAAAUUAAAGUACUCAAAUUAUUAAACUAUGGUUUGAUAUAUGAGAAACUAAUUUGCUCAUUAUAUAUGAAUUAAAAAUAUUAUAUAACAUGUAUCAACUUUGAUACAUUAGAUUAUGAUAAAAAUAAUGGAAAUGCAUAAGAGCAAAUUAUGAUAGAGACAUCUAUUUCAUCUUAAGAAACCUGUGAUGAAAUUUAUAACUUAAAUGAAAACUUAAUUAUAUUUUGCUUAAGUUAAUUUAGUUUGAAGUAAUAUUCUGUUAAUUUAUUGGGCGAAACAAAUCUUAUACUUGAAUAUGGUGUUUCUAUUUAAAUAUAAGAUCAAUGCAAGAAGAAAUAAUAACAAAUUUUAGGUAAAAAUUAAUUUUUAAUUGUAUUCUAUUAAUGUUCUUAAUGGACAAUACUUGAAAUUAAUCAAUAGUAAAUAUUGCUUAUUUUGCAAUCUAAAAUAGAUGAACAUUAUUCAUUCUUCUAAGAUUUAUAUAAAGUAGAUGAUGUACAAUUUUGUGAAAUAGGAGUAUAAAUAAUCUACCUUAUUGAAGGAAAUAAUUACAUUUAAGUAAGAUGGAAUUCUAAUUAAAUAGUAAUUCCUUAAUUAUAUAAGAUUAAAAAGUAAAUCUUAAAAAUAUUACCAUUAAAAAAGUGCUUGAACAUUAUGCUAAUAACAUAUUUAAAAGAAAAUGAUUCAUAAUCUAUUUAACAAUUUGAUAAUGAAAUUGAAUUAAAUUAUCCUUAUAAAAGUGAUCAAAUAUAUAUAUUGUCCAAUCUCCUAGUUUUAUAAAAUUAAACAGAACUAAUUAUUAGAAUUGAUAAACACUUAAUUCAAACAUAUUAAAUUCUAAACUCAUCAUUAACUUUUCUGAAAGAAGAUAAUUUAUUUUAUUAAUUAGACAAAACUAAAAAUAUAUUAUAAUUCUAUAGAUAUUUUCCUAUUAGUAGUUUUAUUGAACCAAAAUUAAAAUUUGUAUAUUUUAUUCUGAAAACAGAUGGAUAAGAAAGAUAAUCAUUAAUGUCCUGUUUUAAAAUGUAAUAUGAAAAAAAUUUGGAUAUAAAAAUUAACUAAAAAGAAUAGGUCUUAAUAAAAAAAGAUUGCUAAAAUAGAUAGUAAAUUAUAAUAAAAAUACAUGACUUUGAAUAAUUUUUAUUCUAAAAGGUGACUUUUUAUCAUAAUAAAACUAAAGUAUUUAAUUUAAGUAUCUGGAAUCAUUAAAAAAAUCAGAACUUAUGCUAUUAACAAUUAUAAAGAUAUAAAUUUAAAAGGAAGAUUAUUUUAAUAUCAAUGCAAAUUUUAAACUACAUAGUUUUUUAAGUUCAAAAUUUAUUGUACUUCCACAAUUGUGAAUAAAACAAAAUAUAAAUGAGCAUAGAUACUAAUCAAUAUGAAGUAUUUCGAAUUAAUUAAGAUUAUUAUAUAAUUGAUAAAAUUAAUAAAUAAGUAAAAGUAAUUCUAUUUGGUUCAGGAUCAAUAAAUUAAAUUUAAUUACAUUCUAAUAUUGAAAUACUAAAAGUGUAAUAGAUGAAUCAAGAAUUAAUAAUCUACUUAAAAAAUGAAAAAAAUCCAAUUUUAAUAUCCAAAACAUACAAUUUAUAAAAUAGUAAAAAGUAUCUUUCAUAACGUUUAAAUUACCCAAAUGAAAUUCUUUUUUAUUAAGAAUUUGGAAAUUAUAAAUUUAUUUAAUACUUGAAUAUCUUUGCCUAAGAAUUAAAUGGAAUUGUAAAGUGUUUUCAUUUAGAAGAUGUCUUAAUUUUAUCUAUGAAAUCAACAUUAAAAGAUAUCUUUAGUAUUUUGUCAGUACAAAAUCAAACUAAUUCAAUAAUCCUAUAUCAAUUUGAUUAGUUUGAAUUACAAUAAUUAUAUAAUUAUACUCUAUAAGAAUAUUCAUUCUCAAAUCCCUUUAAGUAUAAUGUUAUCUAUUCAAAUUUUGCUAUUUUAGUUAAACAAAACUAAUCUAUGUUUAUAGCUUUUAUGAGUUUUUCAGAUCAAAAAAUCAGUUUGAUUGAUGUUAAAAGUACUGAUGAUAUGUAUUUUGAAUUUGUCAAUGAUUCAUUAUUAUAUUUAAACAACAGUUAAAUGUAGCAACAUUACUUGAAAGAAAUGACUGUAAUUAUCGAAACUAAUAUAUAAUUCUAAAAGACCUUGAUUUCAUAGUACCAAUUAUCAUUAAUACCAACUUUCAAUUAGUAAGAUAAAAUUCACUUUGAAUUCUUUAUUUAAAAUCAAUGUUAUAAUUUAUUUUCAUUAAAGAAUUCAAUCUCUUAUAGUCUAACAAAAAAUUAAAAUUUAUAAAUAAAGAUUUCUGAAAUAUUUUAAGGUCCAAUUCAUAAUUUAACAAUUUAAGGUAAUUCCAAAUUUUAAUUGAGAACUCCAUUUUAAUUUUAAUAAGAAAUCAAAUAAUGCCAAAAUGAAACGUUUUUAUGUAUUAAAUAGAUCAAUUUAAAACAUUUAAUUUAAACUUACACAGCUUUUGCAAUCAUUUUAGAAGAUAAAACCGUAUUUUAAAUUUAAUAACCAAAUUUUGAAGAUAUCAAUUAGGUUUUUUGGAUAGAAGUUCACUUAUUUCUCUGGUUUUCAAAAUUAGAAGAUGAAUUACUUAUCAAACUUCUAGAAUGUAUUAUUGAAAAUGAUAAAACUUGUACAGAAAUCUAGACAAAAAUCAUAAAAUUUAAAACUUAAAAACCUUUAAAUUAACAUAUUUUCAAAUCAAAAAAUAUAUUUAAACUAUAGAAUGAAUAAAAUUAGAUUCAUUUAUUUAUUAAAAAUUAGAAUUUUUAAAUAAUUGACCUCUUAGAUUUUAAUUUUGACAUUAAAUAUAUUGAAAAAUCUCAAGAUUAAUAUUUGGCUUUACAGAGAUUGAAUCAAGAAUAUCAAUUUUAAUUGAAAUUAUUAAUUUAUUAAAUUCAUUCCAAUGGAUCUUUUGAAAUAUUAUCUUAAUUAAUCACUAACAAAAUUCAAAACUUAUUACCAACAUUUGAAAUAGUUAAAGAAAUUAAAUUAGUUUAAUCUAAUUAGAAUGAAAAUUUUAUCUUCGCAAACCUUUUAAUUUCAAAUCAACAAUCUUAUUUUAUUAUGAGACUUUAAAUUGAUGUUUAAAAUAAUUCUAUUAUAUCAUUUCUUUUGACAAAAUAGAUUAGAUAACCAGUAUCAGAUUUGUCAUUCCAACUUGAUUAUGUAGAUGAGAAUUAUUUAUUAUUCACCUCACUAUAUCGUAAUGUCACAUUUUUUUAUGAUAUUCAAGAAGAUAGAUUAUUUUAUGAUUUUAUCUAUCGAUUAAAUUAUUAUAUAUAAAUCAUCAAGUUAAAUAUUACACAUUUCAUUUUUUUCAAUCAAUCAACAAUCCAUUUAGGAAUAAUAAAGUAAUAUGAAAUCGAAUUAUAAAAUAUAGAAGAUAUAAACUAAGAAUUUAUAUUAUUUGCUCAAAAUGAUGUAUCAGAUGCUUAAAUUCUAAUACAAAUAAUUAAUGAAAAAUCUUUUAAUGAUUUUAAUAAGAACAUCAUAUUGAUUUAAUUAAUAAAUUAGGUUGUUAUUAUAUUAUAUUUAAAUUAAUAGUAUAUUUAGAAUACAAGAAAGAAAAUAAGAUAAACUCAUGAAUGA